UGUUUCGUUCCUUCUCAUUUUUGAUUACUCUACCACUUGUUAAUUUAUAAUUGCCGCGGUUUAGUCCUUAGUUUGGAUUUUAAUUUAAAUACGUAAAUCAUAUUUAUACAAAUCUUCGUGUUAAGUUUGGCUAUUUGAACUAAAACUUUUCGGCAGAGUUUCGUAAUAUGGAAGGAACACCUCGACUAAAGAAAAGAAUGUCUCUUACCUUGGGACGACAUCACAAAAGAGUCGCAUCUCCAAAAAUGUUAAUGGCACAUUCAUCAGUCAACGCUUCAAUCGGUAAUGACAAUACUGAUUAUGAGGAAUGCAAGAAUUUGAGGACUCCUAAAUCAUCGUCUAUCACAUCUUUAAAUUCUGAUGGUGGUAUAGAGUGUACACCGCCUCAUAAGAAAUUUAAUUUAGAUGAUAGUGUUGAAUAUUCUCCAAAAUGUUUCGAUGUUAGUUUUUCGCCUGGGUGCUUACUUUCACAGACCCUUUGCUCUAACAGCCCGGAAGUCGGCUGGAAAUGGAAUCGAAGAUCUACGGAUGAACAAGUGCAAAGUGCUACACCGGACUCAGCUUAUGCAGCGGAAAGUAGUUUCACAUCAGCAGGUUCGAGUAAUACUGGAGUUUCGGGAACUUUUGGACGAACACGGAGCGAUUCUUUAAAUUAUCGCAACACUUAUGAAAUGAGAAGGGAAGAGCAGCGUCGGAAACUAGAAAUACAAAUGCGACGUGCUGAGAAGAUUCGUGCUGAUGAAUUGUUAAAACAGCGUUGUGCCAGACUUCAAGAACAAAUGAGAGAAUCAGAAGAACGUCGGCAACGAGAACUACAAGCUCAAAAAAAGAUUCAGGAACAGCGUCAACAAGUGACGCAACCAGAAUUAAUUGCAGAAUUGGCUGCAGUCAAUGAUAUAUUCUCAAAGGAUAACUAUACAACAGAUGACUUUUUUAAUGAUUCGGAAACUGAUGGCUUACUGCUUGAAGCUUCUCAGCAAAUGGAAUCUAAGAUAGAGGAGUUAGUCCAGAAUCCAGAAGUACGAAAUAAUGCAGCCGAAACAACUGUAGUUGUUUCAAAAGUGCCAACUGUAACUAGAAACGCUGGUAGUGAAAGUUCAGUAAUGCUCAAACCAUAUUCUACUGCAGAUAGAAGCGAAAAGCGUUCCUCACUCUAUAUGAAAUUUCUUGAAGAUGACUUACCCAAUGACUGGUUCCUGGAACUCGAUGAUGUUAUUUUAAAAGCAACACAAGAAACAAAACCACGGAACAUUUUCCAGCGUCACAAUUCUAUGCCCUCAAAUACCGUGAGUGUUUCUUCCAGCGCAGCAGCGUCAAACCCAAUACCAACAAAAACAUUAGCGAAUGCUUCGUCUAGUACAGCUUCUUCCUCCACAAAAAUAAAACGCCAUGUAAGCUCACAAGCGCUUCGUCCAUCAAUUAACACUGCUUCCAGCUCGCAGCAGCUACAUGAAUAUCACACAAGUCACUGCAAAGGAAUUGUGUACAAAAUUUUAAGAAGUCAAAAUCGGGCACAGCGCCCUUGUAGAUGCCGUGCUUUUGGCUUCCGAAACGUGCGAUCGUUUUGAAUUAUGCUUUUUGCCAUGUUUAUCAAAUAUUUAAACAAAAUAAGUAUUGCUUCAAAU